UGUGACGUCACGAGCGUAGCUCGCGUGCGCGAACAUGGCGGUUCCUGCGACGACGAACGACUCCGAGAAAAGUGCUGAAAGUUACGAGGCGAAGCGAAGACAUGACGGGGAUCAGCAUUAAAAGUCUGCGGAAGAGUCCAGCGGAUGUUCGGUGAGGAGUCGAUCCCGACAGGAGAGCCGUAAAGACGGCGCGGAGAGAGUUUACUGUCGCCUGAGGAGCGAGAGACACGCGGAAGUGACGAGAGACUUUAACAACUACAACUCCAACAAACUCCAGCUAAACAACACAAACCAAAGCCGCACCGACCCAGAGCUAACCCGGGAUCAAACUCCGCGGAUUCCCGCUUCAGGGUUUCUGAGGGAGUUCAAACAGCGGCCUCGCGCCGACUUUUAACGUUGCUUGUGUUUAACUACCUGAACUUUCGUCUGAAGGCGGGUUUCUUUCGAGCAACGGCGUUAUUUACGUCAGUGACGUCGAUUAUUUACUCGUUUACAGACGAUACAGAUGCGUAAGAAUGACCUCUGACUGACACGCGAUCACUAGCAAAGAGACCCCUCACGGUUUAGCUUUUAAUGAACCGUAAGAUUUUUCACUUUCCCGCUCAUUAUUAAUAAUAAUAAUAAUAAUAAUGAUGAUGAUGAUGAUGAUGAUGAUGAUGAUUGACUAGAGCUCAGCGCGCGCGAGGUGACGCGAACUAAUUAUGAGAUCCGACGCGCGUUCACGUUAGCGUGACGUCACUAUGAUUGACAGCUCCGCAGAGCGUGCCUGCGCCGGAGGUUCCAGUGAAGGUGAUUGGUUCUGAUUCUGAGGAUGGAUGCGUGUCCCUCAACGCUGUCUGUUCUGUUCUUGAAAGCACGCAGCUCUCUUUAGCUUCUAUGCACUCAAAGCCGUGAAGUCUGACGUCCAGCAGUCGAUGCAUGACCCGAGACCAGACCGCCCUCGUCUCUCCGUGGUCAGUAACGCCCCGUGAUCCCUUAUGGGGCAGCAGCCUGGGAAGUUAGUCGGGGACCAGAGGAGACCGAGUCUGCCGGCGCUGCCUUUCAUCAAGGGAGCAGGGAAGAGAGAGACGUCUAGACAGGGAGCUCAGCACUGCAAUGUGUUCACCGUCCACGAAGCGCUCCAGCGGCCGGAUUUCGAUGCUCCGGGUCUGUCCGAGGCGGCGCGCUGGAACUCCAAAGAGAAUCUGCUGGCCGGACCCAGCGAAAAUGACCCCAAUCUGUUCGUAGCGCUGUACGACUUCGUCGCUAGCGGCGAUAACACGCUCAGCAUCACCAAAGGAGAGAAGCUGAGGGUUCUGGGAUACAAUCACAAUGGCGAGUGGUGCGAGGCGCAGACCAAGAACGGCCAGGGCUGGGUUCCCAGCAACUACAUCACGCCCGUCAACAGCCUGGAGAAGCACAGCUGGUAUCACGGGCCCGUGUCCCGCAACGCCGCCGAGUACCUGCUGAGCAGCGGCAUCAACGGCAGCUUUCUGGUGCGCGAGAGCGAGAGCAGCCCGGGUCAGAGGUCGAUCUCGCUGCGCUACGAGGGCCGGGUCUAUCACUACCGCAUCAACACAGCCUCGGACGGCAAGCUGUAUGUUUCGUCAGAGAGCCGCUUUAACACGCUAGCGGAGCUGGUUCACCAUCACUCCACCGUCUCCGACGGCCUCAUCACCACGCUGCAUUACCCAGCGCCCAAACGCAACAAGCCCACCAUCUACGGCGUCUCACCCAACUACGACAAAUGGGAGAUGGAGCGCACCGAUAUCACCAUGAAGCACAAGCUGGGCGGAGGACAGUAUGGAGAGGUGUACGAGGGCGUCUGGAAGAAGUACAACCUGACUGUGGCCGUCAAAACACUAAAGGAGGACACAAUGGAAGUGGAAGAGUUUUUAAAAGAAGCUGCGGUCAUGAAAGAAAUCAAACACCCGAACCUGGUGCAGCUGUUGGGUGUCUGCACACGGGAACCUCCGUUUUACAUCAUCACCGAGUUCAUGACCCACGGAAACCUGCUGGAUUACCUGCGUGACUGUAAUCACGAGGAGGUCAAUGCUGUGGUGCUGCUCUACAUGGCCACGCAGAUCUCCUCUGCCAUGGAGUAUCUGGAGAAGAAGAACUUCAUCCACAGGGAUCUGGCUGCCCGUAACUGCUUAGUCGGGGAAAACCACUUGGUCAAAGUGGCAGAUUUUGGACUGAGUCGCCUGAUGACUGAAGAGACCUACAUAGCCCACGUAGGAGCCAAGUUUCCCAUUAAAUGGACCGCCCCGGAGAGUCUGGCCUAUAAUAAAUUCUCCAUCAAGUCAGACGUGUGGGCAUUUGGUGUCUUGCUUUGGGAAAUUGCGACCUAUGGGAUGUCUCCGUAUCCUGGCAUCGACUUGUCUCAAGUGUAUGAGCUACUAGAGAAAGAUUACCGCAUGGACAGACCGGAGGGAUGCCCAGAGAAAGUCUAUGAGCUCAUGAGGGCCUGUUGGAGGUGGAAACCUGCAGAGCGGCCUUCUUUCGCUGAAACCCACCAGGCGUUCGAGACGAUGUUUCAAGAGUCCAGUAUCUCUGACGAGGUGGAGAAAGAGCUGGGUAAGAAGGGCAAGAAGCUGACCCUGGGUCCGAUACAGCAGGCUCCAGAACUUCCCACUAAGACGAGGACUCUGCGAAGACAUACGGACAGCAGGGAUGGCGACAGUCCGGACGCAGCCGAGGCUGAGGUCACCGGGCCCCCGAUGCUCCCGAGGCCCGUCCUCGAUAGCAACCUUAACGAAGACGAUCGCUGCCUAGCCAAAGAUAAAGAUAAGUUCCGAAUGAAUCCAUUCAGUUUAAUCAAGAAAAAGAAGAGAACGGCUCCAGCGCCUCCUAAACGCAGCAGCUCCUUCGGGAAGAUGGAUGGGCCCCUGGAUCGAAGAGGACUGAAUUCUGACUGCAGAGAGGAUUUCAAUAAUGAUGGCAUCGAGCCUUCCAAAAUGUUCGCCUCCAACAAUACAGCGAUCAUUGGAGUCACCAACGGAGCACCGGUGUAUCCCGGUCAGCUCUUUUCAUCUCAUUCACGGAAAAAGGGCACAGCGUCCGGCGGCGGAGGGAAGCUAGCCACAACUCCACCCACAGAAGAAGACCCCAUAUCAAACUCCAAGCGCUUCUUAAGGUCUUCUUCUGCCUCUAGCAUGCCUCCAGGGUCCGAGCGCACAGAGUGGAAGUCGGUCACUUUGCCCCGUGAUAUCCAGUCGUCUCACUUCGAUUCGGGAACCUUCGGAGGAAAGCCAGCUCUGCCUCGCAAGAAAGCUGAUUGUGUACCCCGCGGCGGCACUCUUACUCCUCCACCGCGCCUUCCCAAGAAAACCGACUCUGAUGCCCCAGAUGAAGUGUUUAAGGACUCUGAGUCAAGUCCUGGAUCGAGUCCCCUGACUCUGACACCGAAGCUCAGCCGCCGCACAGAGAACUCCAAAACGAGUGCCUUGCAAGCGGAGCUGUUCAAACCCAGUGUGCUUCCUCCUCUAGGAGACGAAUGCAGACCUCGCAGGCUCAAGAACUCUUCUGAAGUCCCUGGACAAAGAGACAAGGGGAAGUUCGCCAAACCCAAACCAGCUCCUCCUCCGCCUCCGGUCUCGAGCGGCAAAUCCGGGAAGACUUCAAGGAGUCCCACUUUUGACGUUUCAUCGGAUACCAAAGUCAAAGGCUCGUCUGAACAAAGCCCUCCCAGUCCCAGCUCCGCAGAACAAGGCAAAGGCCUUUCCCAAGAAAGUGCUAAGAAAGUGCCAAAAAACACCUCAAAAGUGAACCCUCCAAAGACGACGUCUAUAUCCCAGAGCGGUCAGCUGCCAGGGAUGGGAACAGGAUCGGCAGUCGGUGAUCCAGGAUCCAACUUCAUUCCCCUCAUGACGACCCGGCGCUCGUUAAGGAAGACGCGGCAGCCCUCGGAGCGGCUCUCUAACUCCUGCAUCACGCGUGAGAUGGUCCUGGAGAGCACCGAGCUCCUGCGAGCCGCCAUCGGACGUAUUUCAGAGCAGACCGGCAGCCACAGUGCGGUGCUGGAAGCCGGCAAGAAUCUGUCCAAGUAUUGCGCGAGCUACGUGGAGUCCAUCCAGCAGAUGCGCAACAAGUUUGCGUUCCGUGAAGCCAUCAAUAAGUUGGAGAGCAGCCUGCGCGAGCUGCAGAUCUGCCCUGCUGCCACCGGGGGAGCCAACACGCCUCAAGACUUUUCCAAGCUGCUUUCCUCCGUCAAAGAGAUCAGUGACAUUGUUCAGAGGUAGCGGAGAAGAGCUCGGAGGCGACCCGUAUUAUCCGAGUGGUAUCCCAUCGACCCACCUCAGCUUUACUUAUGCCAAAUACAGGAACAUUUCCCAACGGUUCAGUGUCUUAUUACUGUGCACAGAUGCAGAGGAACCGUUCCUCCAGAGUCCGUUUGGCAAUCUUAAGGUAGCACAGGUCCAAGUUGACUUGAUUGAGUCUUUCACAGUAAUUCCUUGACUUUCCUCGAUGCAAACUUUUUUUUAAAUAUUUUUUUAAUAGUAAAAAUAUCUAUAAAUUCUGGAUUUAAGAUGCUUACUAAGUAAAACUUUGUCUUGUUGUCUGGAAAAAUGAUUAAAAUUUUCUUUGUUUUUGUUUAAAACAAGUAAAAAUAAUCUUGUUUAGCCUUUGAAUUAAGUGUGUUUUUCAUAAACCAUUGCAAUAUAUUUUUAUUUGUUUUAAGCAAAAAAUAACAAAAGUUGGGAUUUGAGGUUGUUGUUUUUUUUAGAAAACAAGAUAAGUUUUACUUGUCAAGUGAAUGCAUCUUGAUUCAAUAAUUUGUAGUGUGUUUUUAUUAGAAAACGAGACAAAAGUGCUAAGGAAGAAUAUUUUUUUUUGCAGUGCUUCUCUGCAAGUAUUUGAUAAAAACAGCAUUACUUCAUGACUGACAGAAAAACACCUCAUGUGCCUCACAUUUCCAAACGUUUUUACGGGAUCAAAAUGUAUUUUUGCAGUACAUACACGAUCAUACUAUUGAUAAAGACUUGUUUCGCUUAGUUUUAGUAUGAUUGGUCAAGAAAGCUCUUCGUUGCGAGAUGUGAACGCUCCCUGUGAUAUGAGGAACUUGAUUAUGGAAUCGACUGAUCACGUAUUCUGAUUGCGACACUGUGCCAUGAUUGACAUUUCAGCGAUGCGGUCGGAAAGUCGGUUUUCCCAUCUUUUCGAGGAUUAUGAACAAGUGUUCCUUCAGCACAAUCACUGCAGACUCCUUUCUGAAAAUACAGUCGCCUUAAAGAGACUCGCUGGACAGGAAUCACGGAUCAGCGAACGAAACACACUACUGUCUCAAGGAGAAAGACUUGAGAAGCUUAAGAAGCAGUAUAUGUAUAGAUGUUUUUGUAAUGUCCUCUGAGAGAUCUUCGGUUACCACUUAAGUUGUCAUUUCAAAGGUUUUCCACACACCACUGACAGAAGUGCUCCGGGGUCACGGACGUGAUCGGAGCGGCUUUAUCCGAUGACCACAAGCCCCACGAUUCUCACCGAGUCGAUGACUAUCUUACUAAAACUUUCCUGUCUGUUUUGCUUGUGUAAUUGAAAUGAUGCAGUUGUUUCAGUAUUAGUUUGUCUUUUCUGACACUUUGCCAUCAGACUGCGACGCCCGAGGAGGAGGAGGCCAAACACAAGCUGCCUUUAAUUCAACAUGGUACUACCAGUGUUGACAUUUCGUGUUUUUUUCCUUUUAAAAUCAUGCCACUACUUUUUCAUUUGUAUUCAAGCCUCACACUUUUGUAGACUAAUUGCUCGUCUUUGUAAAUACACGUCACCUAUUUUCAGUCCAUUCUUCCUGUAACCUUGGUGCAAUUUUUGUUGCAUAAAAUACAAAGCAAUUUUGCUACUUGAACAA